UCCAUUUACCUCUGUGUCUCACUGACUGCAGCCUGCUCUACCCUGAUAGUUUAGAAUUGAGAAAGUUUUUAGAUGAGUUGCAAACACCGUUUGUCUUUUGAAAAUGCACUUCGUGCUGUAUUCAGCAAAUCAGUUUGGUGUUUCGGACUGGAAAUACUGGCCCUAACAGGAGUUCUCAGCUCAGAGGCGAAGCGCGUUUUGAAGCAAAGAUGAAUGACACGAAGUUGACCGGGGUUGGCAGGGUCCCGACCAUUCCGUCCAUUAUGUUCAUAUUCGGAGUGGUUGGAAAUGUCAUCGCCAUCGUUGUUCUGUGUAAAACUCGUAGAAAGCAGAAGGAGAGCACGUUUUACACGCUGGUGUGUGGCCUGGCGGUGACGGACCUUCUCGGCACGCUGCUGGCCAGCCCGGUCACCAUCGCCAUAUACGUGAAGGGGUCGUGGCCGGGAGAUGACCCGCUUUGCCAAUACUUUGGUUUCACUUUGCUCUUCUUCUCCCUGGCGGGGCUCAGCAUCAUUUGUGCCAUGUCUGUGGAGAGAUACGUAGCCAUAAAUCAUGCCUACUUCUACAACGACUACGUGGACCAGAAGCUGGCCGGACUGACGCUGAUGGCCAUCUACAUCUCCAACGCGCUCUUCUGCGCUCUGCCGAUAGUCGGCUUUGGACAGGUGAAGAAGCAGUACCCGGAGACCUGGUGCUUCUUAGAGUGGCGGAGCAACAAGACCAGCGAUGCCGUCUAUUCUUACAUGUACGCGGGGUUCAGUUCGCUUCUCAUUCUCGCUACAGUCAUCUGCAACGUGCUGGUGUGCGGCGCUCUGAUCCGGAUGCACCGGCGCUUCGUGCGCAGGAUGUCGCUGGGGAACGACGCGGCGCGCAACGCCGAACAGCGGAGGAGAGCGCGCAGCUUCGGGCAUCUGGCAGGCGCGGAGAUACAGAUGGUCAUUCUGCUCAUUGCCACAUCGGCGGUGGUGCUCAUCUGUUCCAUACCACUUGUAGCUCAGGUGUUUCUGAACCAGAUUUAUAAGACUCCAGUGGAGAAGCGCUUGGAAAAGAACCCAGACCUCCGUUCAAUUCGCUUCGCCUCCUUUAACCCUAUUCUAGACCCCUGGAUCUACAUCCUUCUGCGUAAAGCUGUUCUCCUUAAACUUAUUGAGAAAAUCAAGUGCCUGUUUUGUAAAAUAGGAGCAAGAAGAAGGCAACCGAGACGAGGAAACUUUCCCUGUACAGAUGCUCAUCAGCUUUCCUCAGUCAUAUCCAGCCAGGACUCUCCCUCCUUCGUGUCCAACGACCUACAAGAAAUCAGGAGUAUAUCUCAGACUUUUCUCUACAUGCCGAAGGAAACUGAGCCAGACGAUGGAAACCUUCCAAAGGAAGACAAGCUGAGUGAUUCGCAACCUUCCUCAGUCCGAAACUCACAAGCCUCUUACUCCUCUGAGAGCAAAGACGAAACUAAAACCAUUACAUGUUUAUCUACAGUGCCAUGCACAAAAGAUCCGGCGCUCCGGGUGACGCUGAAUACAGAGACGGCGGAGGAGAAAUGCAUCUGACUCCUUUCUGUAUUGGGAGACAGAGCAGGAUGCUAUAGUUAUUCCUCCACCUGAGGAAGUUUAAAAUCAUAAACUGAUAUUUUGUUUAUCCCACUCAUGUGGAAAGUAAAACGCUGUUAUAGUGAACAUAGACUUCACAGUAUGGAUGCUUUAUUGGCUUUGUUGCCCCUGUAAAAAAGAUGUCUGUAAUAUUCUAAGUGUCAUAUUCUUCAUUGAAACAAAUACAGUAGUCCGCUUGGAAACGGGAUUCUUCCAAUAAAGAGGCACUAAAUGUUGCAGAUUUUUAUAAA